AGAGUUGCACUAGGGAACUGGGUGUGACUUUCUCUCACAGCUCCCUGCCUACUUGUUGCCUAGUACCUUGACUUGAUGGGAUAAGGUUCAAGAUGUGGAAUUCCUUGUGUCUGACUGGUAUAUUUAUUCAAAGAUGUGCAAAGGUCAGACAUGGCAUGGGAAAAAUUAAGCCUCUGUGCUGUAUGCCUGCAUUCCUUGGCUAUCUUAAUUGUUGAUCUAUAGAGUGGGGAUUGAUGCACACCUCUUAACUCUCGAAUGUCUUGGUGGUGCAUGGCUUUUAAAGCAGAAAUCUCCAGUUGGGUGCUGCUGGAGAUUUCCCUCUUGACAACUAAAACGGAUCAGACCAAGCAAACGUGGGGCAUGGGGGUCAGGCAUCUGUGUUAAUUGUAAAAGAUUUGUCCAAAAAUGAGAACUCUCACUAGGCCGGGUGAAUUAUUUUCCCAUGCUUUCACCAAGUACAUGCAAGCUCUUGAGUUGCCAUUCAAAACUCUUCCAUCUGGGCUGCAGUUAAAGAUCUUUUGCCCGAUAGGAUUGCAAAGGGCCGCUAUCACUCUCAGAUCAAAGAAAAAUCAAGGGAUAGAACAGUACCAAGAAAGUGACUCUCUCGAAUCAAACAAACAAACAAGACUUGCUAGAGCAGCAUUGAAACGUGGUGGUGGUUAGUAUAGCAACAGUAGCCCUUGUGGCGAAUACUCUCCUUGCUUUCCCUGGGGUGAAACAUGCUGGCAAACAAUGCUGAAAGGGAGCAGGAACUGUUUGAGGAGGGUAUCUUCUGAAAUGAUUGUGCAAGCCAGCACUGAAAACAUCCUCUUAACUAGAGGUAGCAUGAGUGGCCAUAAUUGGCUCUUUGUUUUUUUGUGUGGUAUGCUUCCAGCUUGCUCUAACAUGUUGUGUGCCUCUGUGCACUGAUAUAGCCUGUUGCUGCAAUUAAUCCAAGGAAGAAGGGUGCCUUGACAGGUAGAACCGCCUGCCCAUGAAGUUUAAUGUGUAUUUACAUUCUGAUGUUGGGAUCUUGGGUUUCCACUGGGAUGAAGGGGGGCGGAGAAGGAAUGGUAUGAACAAGGUACCUCAGUCUCUCUCUCUCUCUCUCUUUUAGAUUGUUCAUGGUUAGUUGUGACUCAGGAAAAAGGCCUGUAAUGGGGUGAUAAUGAAAUAUGAGUGCUGUAAAAGAAAAGAAAUUGGCCAUUCAUUGCAAGAUGGGGCACAAGUCUCUGCUUGCCCAACUUUGCUUGCUUUUUGAAGCAUUUUCCCACAGUUAUCAGUGAGCGAAAUGGAAUCCUUGUCUGCUUUCAAUAUGAAGCAUAUUUAGGCUGCAGUCCAAGACUGUACCUUUAAAAAAAAAGAAGAAGAAAAACUAAACUUUUUCUCUCGUUCAGAGACGGAAUGCAAAGCAAAGUUAAGAGCAAUUCUCAUUUGGGUUUUGUUUAGAAAAAGUCAGCUUUGUGUAUACAACAGUGGUUGUUUUAUUUCAGAGAAGCUAUUUGUUUCAGGUAGUUUUUCAUUCCUUCCCACCGUUCUUAUAAGUGGAUUGCUAGCAAAUCCAGAGUGUCAUUAGACAUAAGGCAAAUUUAAGCCUUAGGAGUUACAAUGAUGUUUUGUUUUGUUUUGUUUGACUUCUCCCACUUUUCUCAAAACUAUGGUGAUUUAAUAGUUGCACCUGGUCUCUCUAAUAUUUGGCAGACUCUUCAUUUGUUGGCCCACAGAGUUAUGUGAGAAAUGAGCUUUUUUUGUCUGUGUGUGUGAGGACCAAGUUUGUAUUACUUGUUGUAAGUGCAAAAACUUUAAAUAGCCACUGCAGUGAUUCCAGAGCUUUUGAUUGAAAAGUUUGUGAUGGCCAAUAAGGAUAGAAAAAUCUAAAAUCCAUCCAGAACUUUUCAACAUGGAGAUAAUACCUAAAGAAAUGUUCUGGAGAAUUGAAUGUUUGCUCACUCUUCCACGUCAUUUGGAUUGAUUCUCAUUUAAAUGUCUUAGCUAUCGGUGAGAUUUGGAUGUCAUUUUUAAUAAAGACAUUUUAAAAGGCUUCUACUGCUUGGAAUAGAGCCUGGCAACCAAGUAUGCCAGUUAAUUUUAUUGUGUUAAUCAGGGUGUCCUGGCAUUUUACAGUUUGGCAAGGGUAAUAAGCAAUGUUUAGCCUUCACAGGAUGCACUUCUUGUACCCUUCAUUUCAUAGGUAACACUGCUUAAGAUGUUCCUCUUAGGCAAUGUAACCUUAGUAGACAUCUUCCCCGAUUUACUGCCUAUCCACUCCAGUCCAACUUACCUAAGCAUUUUGACUCACACACCAUUCUUUGUGGAGUUCUGAGGAUAAUUGGGUACAGAACAGACAAAUGAAGAAGAUGAUACCUGCUGCCCUCUAGAUGUUUUGGGUUACAGCUCCCACUGUACCUUAACUACAACUGAUGGGGAGUCAAAGUUCAAAAUCUGGGGAAGCACCAGGUUACAUCCCUCUGCUCUAGAUCCUACACUUUACUGGUUGAAGCCUGGGAUUACAGCAAUGACAGUGCUAAUGCAGAUAGCAUUAUUGAAAAGGCUUCCCACUCUGCAAUGAUCAAUCCAAGCCGUCAGUGGCAGGUCUUGAAGCAAAAUGCUGGCGUGGCUCAUUUUGAAUACCAGAUCCGGGUCACCUGUGAUGAACACUACUAUGGUUUUGGAUGCAACAAGUUUUGUCGACCAAGAGAUGACUUCUUUGGACAUUAUACUUGUGAUCAGAAUGGCAAUAAAACUUGUCUGGAAGGCUGGAUGGGACCAGACUGUAACAAAGCAAUUUGUCGUCAGGGUUGCAACCCCAAACAUGGUUCUUGUAAAACACCUGGCGAAUGCAGGUGUCAGUAUGGAUGGCAAGGCCAGUACUGUGAUAAAUGCAUUCCACACCCCGGCUGUGUCCAUGGCACUUGCAACGAACCGUGGCAAUGUCUCUGUGAAACCAACUGGGGUGGCCAGUUCUGCAAUAAAGAUCUCAACUACUGUGGGACUCACCCUCCUUGUUUGAACGGAGGGACCUGCAGCAACACAGGCCCUGACAAAUACCAGUGUUCCUGCCCAGAAGGCUAUUCGGGACAAAAUUGUGAAAUUGCGGAACAUGCCUGUCUUUCGGAUCCUUGCCACAAUGGAGGAAGCUGUCUUGAAACCCCUACUGGAUUUGAAUGCAUCUGUGCGCUAGGCUGGGCAGCACCAACCUGCACGCUUAAUAUUGAUGACUGUUCUCCAAACCCCUGUGGGCAUGGAGGGACUUGCCAGGAUCUAGUUGAUGGAUUUAAAUGUGUUUGCCCACCUCAGUGGACUGGUAAAACUUGUCAAAUAGAUGCCAAUGAAUGCGAGGGUAAACCUUGUCUCAAUGCCAAUUCCUGCAGGAACCUGAUUGGUAGUUAUUACUGCAAUUGCAUUGCUGGCUGGACUGGCCAGAAUUGUGAGACAAAUAUUGAUGACUGUGUGGGACAGUGUCAGAAUGGAGGGACUUGUAAGGAUUUAGUGAACAGUUAUCGCUGUCUCUGUCCACCUGGCUAUGUUGGGGAUCACUGCGAGAGAGACAUCAAUGAAUGCGCAAGCAACCCUUGUUUGAAUGGGGGUCACUGCCAAGAUGAAAUCAAUGGCUUCCAAUGUCUCUGCCUGGCUGGCUUCUCGGGAAACAUCUGUCAGUUGGACAUAGAUUAUUGCGAGCCCAACCCUUGCCAGAAUGGGGCCCAGUGCUUCAAUUACGAGAGCGAUUAUUUCUGCAGCAACUGUCCUGAGGAUUACGAAGGCAAGAACUGUUCCCACCUCAAAGAUCACUGCCGUUCAACUCCUUGCGAAGUGAUUGACAGCUGCACCGUUGCUGUCGCUUCCAACAGCACCCCAGAAGGGGUUCGCUACAUCUCUUCCAAUGUUUGUGGCCCCCAUGGCAAGUGCAAGAGCCAAGCGGGAGGCAAGUUUACUUGUGAAUGCAACAAAGGCUUCACUGGCACCUACUGUCAUGAAAACAUCAACGACUGUGAGAGCAACCCAUGUAAAAACGGGGGCACGUGCAUUGAUGGCAUCAACUCCUACAAGUGUAUUUGUAGCGAUGGCUGGGAGGGCACCUUCUGUGAAGCAAAUAUUAAUGAUUGCAGUAAAAGCCCUUGCCACAAUGGAGGGACAUGCAGAGACUUGGUCAAUGACUUUUUCUGUGAAUGUAAAAAUGGCUGGAAAGGAAAAACCUGCCACUCACGUGACAGUCAGUGCGAUGAAGCCACGUGCAACAAUGGAGGGACAUGUUACGAUGAGGGCGAUGUCUUCAAGUGCAUGUGUCCUGCAGGGUGGGAUGGAGCCACUUGCAACAUAGCAAGGAAUAGCAGUUGCCUGCCAAACCCCUGCCAUAAUGGAGGAACAUGUGUUGUAAGUGGAGAUUCUUUUACAUGUGUCUGCAAAGAAGGCUGGGAAGGACCUACAUGCACGCAGAAUACAAAUGACUGCAGUCCACAUCCUUGCUACAAUAAUGGAAUCUGUGUGGAUGGAGACAAUUGGUACCGCUGUGAAUGCGCUCCAGGUUUUGCAGGUCCUGACUGCAGGAUAAAUAUUAAUGAAUGUCAGUCUUCACCUUGUGCUUUUGGAGCCACAUGUGUAGAUGAAAUCAAUGGAUAUCGCUGUAUUUGUCCAGCUGGUCGUGGUGGUCCCAGAUGUCAAGAAGUUUCAGGAAGACCCUGUGUUGCCAGUGGGCAUCUUAUUCCAGAUGGAUCAAAAUGGGAUGACGAAUGCAAUAGCUGUCAGUGCGUGAAUGGAAAAGUCUCCUGUUCUAAGGUCUGGUGCGGUCCGAAGCCUUGUGUGAUAAAUGCCAAGGGCCACUGGGAAUGUCCCACAGGCCACACCUGUCAUCCUGUUAAAGAUGAUCACUGCUUUGUCCCACCCUGUGAGAAUGUAGGCGAAUGCUGGCCAUCAAAUCAACAGCCAGUGAAAAUGACCUGCAGUUCGGACUCCUACUAUCAAGAACAUUGUGCUAACAUCACCUUCACCUUCAACAAAGAGAUGAUGACCCCGGGUCUGACAACCGAGCAUGUCUGCAGUGAGCUGCGGAAUCUGAAUAUCUUAAGGAAUGUCUCCAUCGAAUAUGCUCUGUAUAUCACCUGUGAGCCAUCGCAUCUGGCAAGCAAUGAAAUUCAUGUGGCAAUUUCUGCUGAAGAUAUCCAGGAGGAAAAGAAUCCAGUAAAAGAAAUAACUGAUAAAAUUAUUGAUCUGGUCAGCAAACGUGAUGGGAAUAGUUCGCUUAUUGCAGCUGUUGCAGAAGUCCGGGUCCAGAGGCGGCCAGUUAAGAGCAAAACAGAUUUCUUGGUUCCGUUACUGAGCUCAAUUUUAACUGUGGCUUGGAUCUGCUGCCUGGUCACUGCCUUUUACUGGUGCAUCAGGAAGCGCCGAAAGCAGAGUACACACACACACACCACCUCGGAAGACAACACCACCAACAAUGUGCGGGAGCAACUGAACCAGAUCAAGAACCCCAUUGAGAAACUUGGGGCUAAUGCUGUGCCGAUCAAAGACUAUGAGAACAAGAACUCUAAGAUUGCCAAAAUAAGGACACACAACUCAGAGGUGGAAGAAGAUGACAUGGACAAGCACCAGCAGAAAACCCGAUUUGCCAAACAGGCAACCUACACGCUAGUAGACAGAGAUGAAAAGCCACCCAACGGCACUCCCACAAAACACCCAAAUUGGACAAACAAACAAGACAACCGGGACUUGGAAAGUGCACAAAGUUUAAAUCGGAUGGAAUAUAUUGUAUAGCAGACAGCAGGUGCUGCCGUGCAGGGCCUUCACCUAUCAAUCUAAGGCAACUCGGAGCUUGUAGUUCUUAAAACGGUUGUGUAAUAUUUUGAGUCUAAGGCUAUUAUUUGCUUAAUAUCCCUGUGUUAAUUUAAGUUUUGACAAGCUGGCUUACACUGGCAGUGAUAGUUGCUGUGGUUGGCUGGAUUACCAAGUGCUGCAUUUCACAUCUAUGCAAAACUAGUCAAAAGUGCCCCUGUGUCAAUUCAGUCACAGCUGAUGCAUCCCAGAAAAUUUUCAUAAGGAAUUGGUAGGGUUUUAUUUAGCAUUUUUCCUGUAGCGGGAAAGAAUUAUAUAUGCAUAUAGGUGGGUUUGUUUUGUUUUCCCUUUUUCUCUCUCGAGAUGUCGCAAUCUGUAGUCUUAGAAAAAAAUAUGUUUUAUUUAUUUAUUGAAUUAGAGUUCUUUUGUAUAUUGGUUUUAUGGUGACAUACAACUAGUUCUGUAUUUGAAAGUGCCUUUGCAGCUCAGAACCACAGCAACUAUCAAAAAAAGUUUAUUAUUUAUUUUUUUAUUGUAAAAUUCUUUUUUUUUUUU